AUGGCUGGCUCGGACGUGUCUCCAGUCGAGGAUCAGCCUCAGCCUUUCAAUGCCACCAAGCUUGAGCCUGCAAAGAAACGAAGACGCUCAAGAUCACCUUCAAAUUCAGCGCCCAAACGUCAGGAUCGAUCAGAAUCUAAAGAUGUCCUCGUAUCGGAUCCGCACAAACGUCGAAGAUCACCUUCACCACAGAGUGAAGUUCGAAAACGCAAGCGCCCUGGCCAGAGAGCGCGAAUCACCGAUGCUGAAAUCGCAUAUGCAAAUCAAAAGAAAGCAGAACGGGAGAAGGAGUUAGAAGCGGCUCUUGCGCAGCGAGGAAUCCAUGAUGCAGUGAAGCAACAUUACAACGCUGUUCCGGAACGAGGUCGAGAAUGGCGCAAGACGGACAGUCGCAUCAAGGGGCUUCGAAGUUUCAACAAUUGGAUCAAGAGCACGAUUAUUCAAAAGUUUUCUCCCAAUGAAGAUUUUACACCGGGAGCACAACAACGAGGUGGAAUGGUAUUUGCUGAAGGGACAGCCCCGGAAGGUCUACUUGUCCUAGACAUAGGCUGUGGAAAAGGAGGAGAUCUUGGGAAAUGGCAGCAGGCGCCGCAGAAAGUAGAACUCUACGUUGGCUUGGAUCCAGCAGACGUGUCUAUUGAACAAGCUCGUGAAAGAUAUGAUCAGAUGAGACGGGGUGGAGGUGGUAGGGGUGGCCGAGGUCGGGGCAGGGGUGGUCGAGACAGCAGACCGAGCCCAAACCUGUUCCAUGCGGAAUUAUGGGCCAAAGAUUGCUUUGGGGAGUCAAUCAUAGAUAUGGAUAUUGUCAGGAAGGUUGGUUUCAAUCCUCAAUCAGGACCAAGAGGCGGGGGAGGCUUUGAUGUUGUCAGCAUGAUGUUUUGCAUGCAUUAUUCCUUUGAGAGCGAACAAAAGGCGAGAAAAAUGAUGGAAAACGUAGCAGGUGCUCUUAAAAAGGGUGGACGUCUCAUAGGAUGUAUACCGAAUUCCGAUGUCAUUGGGGAGAAAGUCCGCAAAUUCAAUGCUCGUAUCGCGGCAAAAGCGGAGAACAAAGAUCCUACGGCCGUCGAGAAGGAAGCGACUGAUGGCAAGGAAGUCGCCGUUUUGGAAAGUACUGAAAAGGAAGAUGAACCAGAAGAGGGAGAAGCCGAGGAAACUGCGGAAUGGAAAAAUGACAUUUAUCGCGUUCGGUUCCCAGGCCCUACCCCCGCCGACGGCGUCUUUCGACCCCCAUUCGGCCACAAAUACAACUACUUCCUUCACGAAGCUGUCGAGGAGGUCCCAGAGUAUGUUGUCCCAUGGGCGUCUCUGCGCGCGCUUGCAGAGGACUAUAACCUGGAAUUGCAAUAUCACAAGACUUUCGGGGAGAUCUGGGAGGCGGAGAAGGACGAUGAGACACUUGGCCCAUUGAGCGAACGCAUGGGCGUCAGAGAGCGUGGCCGCGGGCCGCUGCUCGUUAGUGAUGAGGAAAUGGAGGCUGCGAAUUUCUAUGUUGCAUUUUGCUUCUAUAAAGUCUGA